CUUCCCCAAACCUCCGCGAAAGGGUGUGCGUUUUGAAGGUUGUAUGAAGCGAAACACCAUCGCAGACAGGAGCAGUCGCCACUUGGUUUGACAGCCCGGGACAAACCUCUGAAGCCGGUGCAGAGAGCAGCACGCCCCAAGUCUUCCCCCUAUCCUCCCUCUGGGCUGAGCCCCCAACCAAGGUCUUGUCCUUCUGCGAACACGAUGGAAAUGACGCAUACACGGACAUUAAUAUCAAAAAGUUGAACUACAUAGUGCGCGGAAAAAAAAUGCAUAGUGGCAGCAGUGUGGCUUCUCUUCAAGGUCAGUAUCUCAGCACCGCCGCCCCACGGAUGUGUUCUUUGGGCAAUCGGAUUGAAUAAGAGCCGUGGAAGGGGAUGCCGAUGUGUCUCGCUUGCCUCCAGCAUCAACAAUGACAUCUUUGACUAAGGGGGACAGUGAUAGCCACUGACAGAGAAACUUGUUAAACAUCGCUGUAAAAAGGGGAAACCCGAAUAGGCUAGGUUUGCUCUUUACAGCAUACUUCUCUCAGCUGUUGUAAAAAUAAACUCGUUCCAGCAUCUUGGCGUUUCCUGCUUUCUUCAAACGGCCUGUGGCGGUGCGGCUGUUUACCUGGCUACAAGCAACAACUCUGAAGUCAAGCUAGCUGACGUUCACUGGCAGAAUUAAUGUUUGGUUCGGUUUAAGCUAGUUGACCCGACUGUUAAAGUCAUUUAGAAUGUUCGACGGCUGAAGAGUAACGAACUUCCUUGAACUUGCUUGGUUUUCAAGUGGACUUUUACCAACUCAUUUCUUUUCAUAUUACAUUGCCUUUUUUUGUUUAACAUCAUGCCUUCGAGGACAGGUUCACACAGCCCGGCUGGCACCGGUAAGAGUUUACCAGAGCGGGGACUGCUCCUGCUGAUGGUUUUGGUGUUACUGGAGGGCUCCGUGCUUCCUCUCGGAGCUGCCAGCUCUCCGGAUAUCAGCCACCAGAAAAAUGUGGACAACCACAAAGUGGAGCACGAAAAAAACUACACUAAAAAGGCGUUCCCUGUCCUCGACCUCGACUACCAUCACAUACAGACUCCCUUUGAAAUCUCACUAUGGGUGCUGCUGGCCUCGGUAAUGAAAUUGGGGUUCCACAUGAUUCCUCGUCUGCCCGGUAUUGUGCCAGAAAGCUGCCUGUUGAUUACGGUGGGUCUUCUGGUGGGGGGGCUUAUCAAACUAGCCGGAGAAAAGGUCCCCCCAGUUCUGGACUCCCAAUUGUUUUUCCUCUGCCUGCUGCCGCCCAUUAUUCUGGAUGCUGGCUACUUCCUGCCUAUUCGUCCCUUCAUGGAGAACCUGGGCACGAUCCUGAUGUUUGCUGUUGUGGGGACCUUGUGGAAUGCCUUCUUCAUCGGGGGUCUGCUGUAUGCUGUGUGUCAGAUCCAGCCAGCCAAUCCAUCCGAACUCCACCAGCUAGAGAUCCUGCCCUGUCUGCUGUUCGGCUCCAUCAUCUCAGCUGUGGAUCCUGUUGCUGUGCUAGCUGUGUUUGAGGAGAUCCACAUCAAUGAACUGUUGCACAUCCUGGUAUUUGGCGAGUCACUGCUCAACGAUGCCGUCACUGUGGUGCUAUACCAUCUGUUUGAGGAGUAUUCGGCUGCUGGCACAGUGACGGUGCUGGACGGUUUCCUGGGGAUCAUCUCCUUCCUGGUGGUAUCGCUGGGUGGCAUUCUAGUGGGAGCUAUCUAUGGGAUCCUGACUGCCUUCACCUCACGCUUCACCUCCCACACGCGUGUCAUCGAGCCACUUUUUGUCUUUGUGUACAGCUACAUGGCCUACCUUUCAGCUGAGAUGUUCCACCUUUCUGGCAUCAUGGCGUUAAUAGCAUGUGGAGCAGUGAUGCGACCCUACGUAGAGGCCAACAUAUCCCACAAGUCCCACACCACCAUCAAGUACUUCCUGAAAAUGUGGAGCAGCGUCAGUGAGACGCUAAUCUUCAUCUUUCUCGGUGUGGCCACGGUGGACGGACCUCACCACUGGAACUGGACGUUCGUCACCGUCACUGUCAUUCUGUGUCUGGUGUCACGGGUCAUAGGUGUGGUUGGUCUGACCUGUGUGAUCAACAAGUUCCGCAUCGUCAAACUGACGACCAAGGACCAGUUCAUUGUGGCCUACGGUGGCAUGCGAGGUGCCAUCGCCUUCUCCCUUGGCUUCCUGCUGAAAAAGGAGCAAUUUCCCAUGAGAGAGAUGUUCCUCACUGCCAUCAUCACCGUUAUCUUCUUCACUGUCUUUGUUCAGGGCAUGACCAUCAAACCCCUGGUGGAGCUGCUGGCAGUGAAGAAGAAACAGGAGGCCAAGCGGUCGAUUAAUGAAGAAAUCCACACACAGUUCCUCGACCACCUUCUGACUGGAAUUGAGGACAUUUGUGGACACUAUGGACACCACCACUGGAAGGACAAACUGAACCGCUUCAACAAGAAGUAUGUGAAAAAGUGCCUGAUUGCAGGCGAACGCUCCAAGGAGCCGCAGCUCAUCGCCUUCUACCACAAGAUGGAGAUGAAACAGGCCAUCGACCUGGUGGAGAGCGGAGGGGGAGUCAACCUGCCGUCUGCUGUGCCUUCCACAGUUUCCAUGCAGAACAUCCAGCCCAAGAAGCCUCCUCCUGCCAAGCCUGUAGAGAAAGCUCUGCCCAAGAUGACUAAAGGCCGGGAGGAGGAGAUCAGGCAGAUCCUCAGGAGUAACCUUCAGAAGACACGACAGAGGCUGCGCUCCUACAACAGACAUACUCUGGUGGCUGAUCCAUACGAGGAUGGCUUCAGUGAACUCCUCAUCAAGAAGCAAAAGAUGAUUGAGCUGGAGAAGAAGAUACAACACAUGAAUAACUACCUGACGGUGCCUGCUGCUCCCCCUGACUCCCCGACCAUGUGUAGAGCCAGACUGGCCUCAGGCAGAGGUACUGAUUUCAAACCUGCUCAGCAGCAGAGAGGGAACAAAAUCUCUCCAGACCCACAAGCCUACAGCAGUAAGCCAGCGGCGGACAGAGUGCCGACCAUCCAGGUGGACCUGGCCUCCCCUCAGUCUCCAGACUCCGUCAACCUGAUGGAUGAGUUCCGACGGGCCGACCAGCAGGAGGAGGACCAGGGCCUGAUGAUGAAGCCUCCCUCGGGGCAGAGUGGACCUAACAGGCCCCGUGAGGAGGACAGAGGCCGAGAACAGCAGAAGAUGACAAGGUGCCUGAGCGACCCCGGUCCCAGCGCAGACGAGGAGGAGGAGGACGAACCCUUUCUGCCUUGAAACGGCAGACUGGAUAUGGAGGGGUUAGGCUGCAUGCCCAUCUUCACUAAUUAGAGGAGAGAGGGCUGCUUCACUGCUCUAAAUAAUCUCUUUGGUUCAGAAACCAAACAAGCCAAAACUGCUAACGCUGUACGAAACCAGAAACAAAAAGCAAAAGGGAGAUUGUCUGAAAAAAAAAGAGCCAUUAGUUUGUUAUUAUCAUUGCUCUUUAUUUUUUUAGACAGGAUUGGAGUAGCUGUUAUCUGAGAGGUUGUGGGUUUAUGGUUCGAUAGUCUGAGACAUUCAGGAAAGAGCUAUGCAUUACCAAAGGUUUGGACUGUUUUUGUGUCAGACAAUGUCAUUUUUACUUUUUUUCUUUUUUAAUGACUGCAUAGUUGUUGGUUUUUAUGUUUGUUCACGAUAUUUAAUUUUUUUCUGUCUUUCAAGCUACCUUCUUGGCGACAUGCUGGGCCUUUAAUCCUCAAUUUAAUCAACAAGGCAAACUGCCUAAAUCCAUUUCUCUUUUUGAGUUGAAGUUGCCUGUUUUAAUCCAAUAUCUGACUGAAAUUGCUAAAUAUUCAAACAUUUAGAGUUUAGCUAUUUUAGCUAUUUAGCUAAUGUUUGGCCUUAUUUUAUGUCAAACCUUUUCACUUGGUGCAUUUUUUUUAUCUUUGUCUUGCUUUAAAACAUAUUUCUUAAAUUCCAGGGGUACUAAUGCGGGAUAUAGGUUCAAAUCUGGAUGUAUUUAUUUAAGAGCCACAGUUGUUUAUAGUCAUGCUUACAGACCUGCGGCCUCGUCUCAUGGCUGUGGAGGGAGUUAUGUGUACUUAACUAAAAAUCCCCACUGUUGUAUAGGAAGAGAAAAGUUUGGACUCACAGUAAAGCUUGUGAGACAGGCAGUGAUGCAGCACUUUUGUUUUGAUGUCAGUGAUCAUGCUUGAUUCCCCAUCCAAGUCUACUGAAGUUAAAUCACUUGUUGUCAUGUCACGUUUUGGUGUAGAUGUUUUAUGUUUCACCUCAAUUUUAGAACACCCUUUAAAAGUCACUCAAGCAGGGCUCGUCGAGUUGUUAGAGUAGAUGUUUCUCUCGAUCCUGAUGUAAAGAGUAACGGCCCAUCUAACAGUCACCUUCACACUCCUCAUUGUUGAAACCUUUAGACCACAUGAGCUGAUUUUUUAAUAUAUCAGAUCAAAAAUAAUUAAUGCUCACUUUCUUUCACAUGCCUAUAUGCAUUCUUCAGUUUUUUUACUGGCCUUUACAAGAAGCAUUUGUGCUCUACAUCACUGUUCAGCUUAUUACAUGACAAGUGAAUGUUUGUACGGGAAUCCAUCCACACCUCUCAACCCUCUUAAAAUUUAAGACUAUAGACAUGUCAUGGCAGCAAAAAAAAUUCUAUGCAGUAUUGACGUGUAAAAUAUGUAAAUCAAUUAUAAUAGCCUAUAUUUAUAAAUACCCUUUAAAACUGAAGUCUCGUAAUCUUGUAAACAUGCAACACAUUGAGGCAAACCAAUG